AAGGAAGAGGGAGUCACCCACAAGCAAAAGAAAGGCAAAAUUUCCAAUGGAGAAGAAACUGUAUAGGAGGAAAGAUGAGCUGCACCUAAACAAUUAGUGAGAGUUUGGGAUGGGGUUUGGCAAAGCAUAAAGCAAGUGAUGUUGAUGCCCUUAGUAAUGAUCAGAGAGUCACAUGCCCAUGCCAACAUUUAGCAGUCCUUUCUUCUCAUCUUUUUGAGUUAUUUUUCCACAUUAUGUGGUCCGACCUCUCUUAUCUUAUCACAUUCAACCCCCGUCUCUUUUUUCAUCACUAAACUAGGUCACAUCAAACCAUUACUACUCAUGAUUCUUCCUUUUCUCUCAGCCAACUUGGAGGGUCUCUCCUUCUUUCCCACUUCAAUGAGUUUCCAACUCUAACCACCUUCUCUAACUCCUCUUCUUAAUCCCUCCCUUUAUGUGUAUCUUAUAGUUUGUCACUAGCUCGAAUACACCUUUCUUCCUUGAUAAUUUUUCUUUGUUAUUUCUUGAAUUUCAGACCCUUUCCAGAAUUCCUAACAAUGCCACCUGUGCACUCUAGCCCUUACUUCCAAAUGAAUAAUCCAGCUAUAUUGUCUUUGCUCCGGCUAACCGCCGGCGAGAAGCGCUCGAAAUCUAGUUCCGGCGGGCUUCUUAAAAUGUUCAAACUCUUCCCCAUGUUAACCUCGGGUUGCAAGAUGGUUGCACUUCUAGGUAGGCCUCGAAAACCCUUACUUAAAGAUAAUGCUACUACAGGUACCAUUUUCGGUUAUCGCAAAGGGAGAGUAAGUCUAGCCAUACAAGAGGAUCCUCAUUGCGUGCCUAUGUUUGUUAUAGAACUACCCAUCCAUACGAGUGCGUUUCACAAAGAAAUGGCAUCUGAUAUAGUAAGAAUCGCGCUAGAGAGCGAGACCAAGACUCAUAAGAAGAAAGUGCUGGAAGAGUUUGUGUGGGCUGUAUAUUGUAAUGGAAGAAAGAUUGGCUACUCUAUUAGAAGGAAGCAAAUGUCCGAUGAUGAGCUUCAUGUUAUGCAGCUUUUGAGGGGCGUUUCGAUGGGUGCAGGUGUUCUUCCAAGCCCAAAUGACAAGGAAAGUACAGCAGAUGGUGAAUUGACCUACAUAAGAGCAAGGUUUGAGAGAGUUGUGGGUUCCCAGGAUUCCGAAGCUUUGUAUAUGAUUAAUCCAGAUGGUGCACCAGGGCCAGAAUUGAGUAUUUUCUUUGUCAGGGCUCAUUAGAAAUUCUAGGCUCUAUGUCUAAACUUUAAUUUCUUGUUUAUUCGUAACAGGAAACGAGCUGGUGUGAUUUUCAGAUUUCCAGUCCCAUCCCAUGGAUUUUUCAGGGUUGAUCAGUGUUUGCAAUACCUUAAAUUAACACAAUUCCAUGCCAAUUACCUGGAAAUUAUUUUCUUUUCAUAACUGUAACCAGGAUAGUUUACUGCUGUUACAUUAAAAAGCCAAUUUCACAGGUGAAUUUCUGAAGUAUCAAUAUAAUAUAGCUCGUAAAUUUUCAUACAUGUA